UUACGCUGCUAACAGCUGACGGGACAGCGGAACUGGCUCGCUGCGUUUUCUCUCUCAAAACGCAAUGUUUCAGCAGCGCUAAAUAACUUUCAGCGACCACAUCUCAGCUUUCACACAAACACAAACACAGCCUGGGUCUGAGAGUGCUUUGUCUGGUCGUGCAGGAGGAGGAUGGCGGCCCGGCGCUGCUCUUCGCUGGCUCUUAGCGGAGGAGAGGUGUCGCUGUCUUUCAGAGACGAGCUGGCGGCCACCAUCCACGGAGCGUUUGAAGUGGCUGUGGAAAUCGCGGUGCUGGAGGUUUCCAAGCUGGUCAGCCAGGCGCUGGGGGACGUCCGAGAGCAGAUGCAGGAGACCCUGAGGGAAAAUAAAUUCCUCAAAUCUAGGCUGCAGUCGGCCGAGCUGGAGCUGGACGCGGUGCGGAAAGGCCCAACAGCAACAGAGAGCCUGCAGAGCGGUCAGCCUGAGAGUGGAGGAGGAUUCACCCAGCAUCAGAAAGUCGAGCAGCAGCAGCAACAGCAGGAGCCGAGCACGUCUCAGGAGGCCUCUGAGGAGACCUAUGAGUGCGAUGAGAGGGGCUCUGAGCAAAUAGACGAGUCUUUCAGAGAAAUCCGUGAAGAUGGACGUGUCCGUGCACACGAGUUGAACCCAGACUCUAAAACAGUGUCUGUACAGUACCUUGAUCCAGGUCCACAGCAUGAUUCACUUGACACAGAGAAGCAGCAGAAACCAGAGCGCAGCCCAGACACUGAAAGUGAGCAGAAUCAGUCUCCUGCUGUGCUUAAAGAGGAGCCGCUCCAUGUGAAGGAGGAGAGUCUACAGUCAGAGCUGGAUGAUAGUUCUGGAGGUGACGCUGAGAUUGGCUCCAGCUUUAAUCCUGCCUCUGAUGAGGAGUUUGGUCAAGACAGACUGGCUCUGGUUCAGUCUAAACUGCUGGAGGACUGGAGGCCAGAUCCAGAGCAGCCACAAAGUGAGAAGAUCAAGUCUGUUAAUCCUGGACCCAGCCAAAGUCUUGAAGCUUCAGACAUCAUCCCCUCAUCCGUUGGUGGUCAUCCAGCCUUUUCUGCCUCUUUUGAGGGUCUCUUCCAGCCAGUAGACAGAACUCAACUUGCUCAUCCUGCGCCUCAAAAUUACACUGUCCACAACAGGACAAACGUUCAUCCCAAUCUGCACCUGUGUAAAAUCUGUGGCCAUUCAUUCAGUCGGGCGAGUGAUCUGCGUAGACACCAUAGUCAACAGCACCGAUCUAGGGCCUCUAACGCAGGGAAGACACCCAGUUCCGGAAGGCCAGCCAAGAAGCAGUUAUUUCCACCGGGAUGCAGCCCUUACCAUUGCAACGAAUGCGGCCGGGACUUUAACCGCAUGGAGAACCUCAAGACACACUUACGGAUACACACUGGAGAACGGCCUUACUCUUGCUCUGUGUGUGGGGUGCGGUUCCGGCACUCAGGGGCACUUACACGGCACUUCCGUAUCCAUACAGGAGAAAAGCCUUAUGUUUGCGGACAGUGUGGGAAGCGUUUUCGGAACUGCGGUGGACUGCGCUUCCACCAGAAAUCUCACAGUAGAGACAGACACAUCUUUAUGAAUUGAGUUUAAGAAUGAAGCAGUGUGGAGUUGUAUGGUCUUUUUGGAAUUAGUGUAGUGUGGCAUAGGUUAAAGGGCUUAUAUCAUGAAAAAUAAAAUAUUCCUUUUUUUAUAUUUUAUUUAAUAAGAGUUUCAUGUAGUAUGUAAACAUUGUCAAAGUUUUAGAAUAUACUGUACAUGUCCUAGUCCGUACAGGCCAUUUAUGGAAACCAAGCUGCAAAAAGAGCUCAUUUUGUAUUCAUUAUGGAUGUAAUGUCACAACCAUGAACACAUGUACAUAUUGGUUACAUUGAAGUGAGAGGGAGUGUUGUUACUACAGUCUGUAGCAGAGUUGUUGUAGGGCAAAACGAUUAAACACUGUGUUGUUCCUGGCUGUCGGGAAGUAAAUGUUUCACUGCAGCCUAAGUGAACAUAGGGGAAAAUGAAAAUGCCACAAAAUAGAAUAUAGGCCCUGUAAACAUGCUUAGAAAGAAAUGGUAAAAUAAAAAAAAAACAUUCUUCUGAUUCCAUUUAUUUUCCGUAUGCCAUGUUAUUCAUAUUUUAAGCAUUUCAUAGUUGUGGUGACAGCACUAUAAUUUUAGGUGAAUCACCGUUUCCUUCUGAAUGAUUACAUUUCAGGCGAAGCAGCAAUUAAAAGUUUAAAUCCAAGGCAUGGGAAUCAACACAAUGUGUUAAAAAAUGACAGCUAUGAAGUGUGCUUUGAAAGCUUUUCUUGAUGGAGAAGAUGUUUUUGCUUCUUUCUUAGCUGGUUCCUGUGAAGGUUGCUGAAAAAAUGUGCUCAAUAUCCAUUGGCAACAUCCAGGUAGACAGUUGGUUUGUAUGACAAGAGUGCCAGACUGAAACUAAAGAGUGAGACAAAGUGCACGGCUGUGAUUUGGCUGAAGUUUUUGUUUGUUUGUUUGUUUUUUUAAAUAUGAUACUGGUUCUAAUUUGAUCAUGGGCAUCUUGAUGAGUGCAGUGUUGGAUCCUGCUAUAAGUUAAUUCACAAUAAAUGUGGUAAAUUGUGAAAACUUAAA